GGAAACUGUGGUUCAUUUCUCAUAGCUUGCUGAGCAUAGUUCUGGACCUCUGUCAAGCACUGUGGUUUUCUGUAACCACUUAGUGCCUCUAAACAUCAUCGUAGGAUCAACUUUACAUCCUGUAUCUGUCUCAUAGGGUUUGUUUGUUUAAUUAUUAUACCUUUUUUUCUUUCAAAUACUGAAAAAUAGACCAUUAAAAUAGGCUUCCUAAAACCUGCAUUACAUUCUCUGCUAGAUUAAAGAAAAGCUAUUGCUUGUUUUUGCUAGAUUUAUUUUUUUUAAGUUUCCUGACAGGUGAAAGCUCUUCUUACCUAAGCUUUCAGAGAAAAGAAUAUUAAGGAGCAGAAUAACCAUUUUCGAUUAAACCCAUAAAGCCCUGUCCUGAUUUUUUUUUUCCUCUAUUCCUAAAUACCAUGAGCUCAUUCUCUACAGGGAAAUGUGAGUUCUGCUUGACAGAAUGAUAUCACUGCAUUACCUCAGCUGAGAUGAGGCAAUUCUUAGUAGUCUGUCAGAAUCACCAUCAUCCUCCAGAGAGCGUUGCUGUUCCCCUGACUGGAGCUUGAGAGCAGAAAACACGCGUUUUGUGCCUAGCAACAAAUCAGGCAUCUCUUGGUGGAUGCCUUUUGUUCUUUGAAGAAGUGCAGGCGGCUUGGUGUGUUAAGGUGCUCAGAAAUCCGUGGAUGUUAAAGUUGAUAACCGAGAACCACAAUGGCAGACAUAAAAGAUGGACUACACCUGGGGGAAGAUCUGGCAGAUGCAAAAUCUUUCCCUGGUUCCAAAGGAAUGAACCUACCUGCUAGCAAGUCUAUGGACUCUGGAAUUCUGCCAGACUACAGCUACAGAAUGGAUUAUCCAGAGAUAGGAGAAUGUAUUAUAAUAAACAAUAAGAACUUCCACAAAGAUACCGGACUGGCAUCUCGUUCAGGUACGGAUGUAGAUGCUGCAAGUGUCAGAGAAGUUUUUAUGAAGCUGGGAUAUAAAACCAAGCUUAGCAAUGAUCUUUCAUGCAGGGACAUUAUUAAAGUUUUGAAAAACGUUUCUGAAGAAGAUCACAGUAAGCGGAGCAGUUUUGUUUGUGUGUUGCUAAGCCAUGGUGAAGAAGGACUCAUCUAUGGUACAGAUGGCCCCCUCGAACUGAAAGUACUAACGAGCCUUUUCAGAGGUGACAAGUGCAGAAGUUUAGCAGGAAAACCCAAACUCUUCUUCAUUCAGGCUUGUAGAGGGACUGAAUUAGAUUCUGGUAUUGAGGCAGACAGUGGACCAGAUGAAAUGACGUGUCAGAAAAUACCUGUAGAAGCAGACUUCCUAUAUGCAUAUUCUACUGCUCCAGGCUAUUACUCCUGGAGGAAUGCAGCUGAAGGCUCCUGGUUUAUUCAGUCUCUGUGUAGGGUGCUGAGGGAACAUGCAAGGAAACUUGAACUCAUGCAGAUUUUAACACGUGUAAAUCACAGAGUGGCAGAAUACGAAUCCUACUCCAAUCGGCCGGAUUUUAAUGCCAAGAAACAGAUUCCAUGCAUUGUCUCUAUGCUCACCAAAGAAUUUUACUUCCAUUGCUAGAAGAAUUGCACCUUGCAAUUUCUCACUUCACGUUUUUAACUGUAAUUUAUACACUGUUUUAAUAUGGAAUACCACUUUUAAAUCUGAAUUACUGUUCACUACUGUGUGUGGCAUAAUGAACUAUCUUAAAGUUAGAUAUGUCCAAUAUUAGAAGUAAACCUUAGUAUGGAUAUGCUAGAAAUGCAAAACUGAGUAGCUGAAGCACAGGCAAAUUUGAAAAUAGUGAUCUGAUAAUCUGGAAUAAUCAGGAAGAAGAGACAGAAAAAAAGGUCAAAUCACUUAAUGAGACCUACUUGGUGCUACAUUUCCCUUUGCAGAAGGAGCAGAGAAAAGAAACAGUUCUUGUAAAUAUAGUUUGGUUCCAUAUAUUUGCCAAUAAGAAGAUUCUGAAUGUGGUAUGUUUGCUAAUCACGGUAAUAUGAUAAGUGUCAUCACGCAUUUCUUUUUUAAAAACUCUUAUUUUUUGAAGUUUAGGUUAUAAACUAGCCUGAACGUAUUUUAUAACUUAAGAAACAAACUGUGGAAAAUGGUCAUUUCAUUUUUUUACAUACAAUUAGGAAGCAUAUGUAGAAUAAAUUCAACUUUGUCCUGAUUAUUUUAUAACGCUUUGUAUGGAGUAUCAGGUAAAGUAACUUUAUCAACACAGUAUCCGUUUCAAAAUAAAUUUUGUAUUUCUGGCCUUGAAGCUGAGUGACUAAGGAACCAGUCUUCCAAAAUGCUAUUUUUUUUUUUUUUUGCAGCUCCCUAGGAAAGGAUGCCUAAUACAAUUUGGUCAUAUUUGAGGCCACAAGAUUCAGUGCAAAAGGAAGUCUGCAUUCUGAGUAGUCUGAUUUCCUCUUUCUGGCCAUAAAUUAGCGUAGGUCUGCUUUCUGCUGUGCACAUACCACGUAUAAUCUUUAUAAAACCUAGAUAUAUGGUACUGGAGAAAUUUCCUGUGUUUAUUAUCAAUUGGGUUAAUUAUUCAUGUCUUUUAUAAGACUUUAGCUGAAGUAUGUUAACAAAUAGUAAAUUUAAAUCUCUUGAUUUUGACUGAAUUUUGUGGAAUAGGCUUUUAGUAAGUUGUAAAAAAAAAAAAAAAACAAACACGGUUUUGGUGAUGUUUCAGCUUGUGGCAGUUUUAUGAUGAACAAAGGAAGACAAUGGUAAAUGACUAUAGGGUGCUUACAAAACAAGACUUAAAACUUUUUAAAUUGUGCAGCAUAAACAAUGUUAGCAAAUUGAUGUUUGCUUCCAGAGGCAUUUGGAUUUUUUUAACUUAAAUUAAAUAUUGUUACCUCAAUUGUAUAA